AUGGCGGCGCUGGCUGAGUCUCUGUCGCUGGAGAGAGAUGUUGCCCGAGCAAUCGAGCUGCUGGAGAAGUUACAGCGAAGCGGCAACGUUCCCCCACAGAAACUGCAGACGCUGCAGCGGGUUCUUCAGAGCAAAUUCUGCUCUGCCAUCCGUGAGGUGUAUGAACAGCUUUACGAGACUCUUGACAUCAGCGGCAGCCCCGAGAUCCGAGCUCACGCAACAGCCAAGGCAACAGUUGCAGCCUUUGCAGCCAGUGAGGGACACGCACAUCCCCGAGUUGUGGAACUUCCUAAAACAGAGGAAGGUCUUGGCUUCAACAUAAUGGGCGGGAAGGAACAGAACUCCCCAAUCUAUAUAUCCCGAAUUAUACCUGGAGGGGUCGCAGACAGACAUGGAGGUCUUAAACGGGGGGACCAGUUACUCUCAGUAAACGGUGUGAGCGUGGAGGGAGAGCAGCAUGAGAAGGCCGUGGAGUUGUUGAAAGCUGCGCAAGGCACGGUGAAGUUGGUGGUGAGAUACACACCUAAAGUCCUAGAAGAGAUGGAGGCACGCUUUGAGAAAAUGAGGACAGCUCGCCGCAGGCAGCAACACAACAGCUACUCGUCACUGGAAUCCCGAGGAUAGCCGGUUUGAUCUCCUGUUUCCAGAGGUGGUCCUGGUACCAAGCAUGUGAUGCAGCUGUUGUGCGUGUAGCCAAGUGACCCCCUCCACACUGUAGGUCUGACCAUGACAAUUGCUGCGAGCUUAGUUCAUGUGAAACAGGGCAUCACCUUUUCACAGAUAAAUGUUCAGUGCAUGUUAGGGAG